CCCCCUGGCGGUGUGUGCGCGGCCCCGCCCUCGUGCCCGCGCGUGCCCGGCCCGAAAGCCCGGGGUUGCCCGAGGGAUGGGGCAUCCUCAGCGGCCUGCUCCCCAGCUCAGCUCCCACCUCCUCUGGCGCCUGCAAGCCGGCCUGGCUGGCGCUGGGCCCUCAGCCCGUCGCGGCCCACACGCGGCGAAGGGUAAAGGAGGGCGCCCAGUGUCCCCACUGCCUUGGCUUUGGGUGCCCUCGCAUGUCCCCUCUCCUGGGCUCUUCUCGGUACGGGCGGAUCCUUUCAGUCUGCCUCCUGCGGAGCCUGUCCCGUCGCCACCGCCCGCCCGCCCGCCUGCCUCAGUCUUACUGGGAAGCCCCCCAGCAGUGAGUCGCAGAGCCCAGGGCACCUGACUCGGGUUGGAAGGACCCUGCCGCUGGGCAGCGUGUGUGUUCCCAUGGGGCUAGAAUCCGGGCGCUGGAGCCUGCGGAGGAUGGAGGGUCCCAGAGCCCAGGCUCCAGCCCAUCGGGAGCUCUGUAUCGCUGUUUUCCCCUCUUUCUGCUCUGUCUUUUUUCAGUUGGGGUAACUACUCGGCAUUCUGAAUGAAAAUAUAACAUCGCUUUACAUAAUGGUUUUAGUCCUGUUUUCUCUCCUGUUAUUUUGAUUGCCUAACGUUUUCCUUGCUUUUUGACUUCUGCUAUGUAUUGAACAUAAGUUUUCAGAACUAUCCACGGUGACGUCCAGGUCUUUUCCCUGAGUGCUUACAUUUCCUUUAGAUCCCAAAAACGUGUAUACAUAGGUUAAAUUAUUUCUUACUGUCAGGCUCAACGGGUAGUGAUCAAUGGCUCCAUGUCUAGUGGGCAGCCGGUAUCAAGUGGAGUGCCCCAAGGGUCGGUCCUGGGGCCGGUUUUGUUCAAUAUCUUCAUAAAUGAUCUGGAGGAUGGUGUGGAUUGCACUCUCAGCAAAUUUGCGGAUGAUACUAAACUGGGAGGAGUGGUAGAUACGCUGGAGGGGAGGGAUAGGAUAUAGAGGGACCUAGACAAAUUGGAGGAUUGGGCCAAAAGAAAUCUGAUGAGGUUCAAUAAGGAUAAGUGCAGGGUCCUGCACUUAGGACGGAAGAACCCAAUGCACAGCUACAGACUAGGGACCGAAUGGCUAGGCAGCAGUUCUGCGGAAAAGGACCUAGGGGUGACAGUGGACGAGAAGCUGGAUAUGAGUCAGCAGUGUGCCCUUGUUGCCAAGAAGGCCAAUGGCAUUUUGGGAUGUAUAAGUAGGGGCAUAGCGAGCAGAUCGAGGGACGUGAUCGUUCCCCUCUAUUCGACAUUGGUGAGGCCUCAUCUGGAGUACUGUGUCCAGUUUUGGGCCCCACACUUCAAGAAGGAUGUGGAUAAAUUGGAGAGAGUCCAGCGAAGGGCAACAAAAAUGAUUAGGGGUCUGGAACACAUGAGUUAUGAGGAGAGGCUGAGGGAGCUGGGAUUGUUUAGCCUGCAGAAGAGAAGAAUGAGGGGGGAUUUGAUAGCUGCUUUCAACUACCUGAAAGGGGGUUCCAAAGAGGAUGGCUCUAGACUGUUCUCAAUGGUAGCAGAUGACAGAACGAGGAGUAAUGGUCUCAAGUUGCAGUGGGGGAGGUUUAGAUUGGAUAUUAGGAAAAACUUUUUCACUAAGAGGGUGGUGAAACACUGGAAUGCGUUACCUAGGGAGGUGGUAGAAUCUCCUUCCUUAGAGGUUUUUAAGGUCAGGCUUGACAAAGCCCUGGCUGGGAUGAUUUAACUGGGAUUUGGUCCUGCUUUGAGCAGGGGGUUGGACUAGAUGACCUUCUGGGGUCCCUUCCAACCCUUAUAUUCUAUGAUUCUAUGAUUCUAUGAACCUUUCAUUUGCCAGUGUAUCUUCUCUGCCAUCAUACUGCCCAGUCAGCUAGUUUUGUUCCUCACAGUCUUGCCUCGCCUUGACUAAAAUUAAAUAAUCUUGUGUCAUUAACAGAUAUUGUCACCUCCCUGUCACCCCUUAUUCCAGAUUGCUUACAUAUUAAACCACUCCAGUUCUAAUACAGAUCUUAGGGCAACUCACUGUUAACCUUUUGCCUUUAGUUCAAACUUCUUGUUUUCUGUCUCCUCGCUGUCAAUAUCUAAUGAGAUAAAACUUCACCUCUCAUCUCAUGGCUACUUAGUUUUCUUAAGAGCCUCUUGUAAGAGACUUUGCGUAAUUAGCACAGGAAAAAUAUCAAAUUCUGUUAUGAGAUGUAAAUACAGAAGUAUGGCUUCCCAAAGUCGCUAAUCAACAGAACUGUUUUCAUGCCAAAAAGAAAGGGGAGCAGCAGCAGUUCUCAGGUGAUGCUCUGGCACACCGAUGAUUCAUGGAAUUCCUAGUCUGCAGAAUGUUUGUAAAAUGAGCAAUAAGUGAUUGGGGUGUAUUUGACAUGAUAUGGCGCCACAGAAAGAUCUGUCUCAUAUCUUAUAAAGUGCCCCACAAAAUGACUCAGUUGGAGAUCUGCUGUUCGACAGAAUCUGUUGCUACUGGCACAGGAAAGAAACCUUCCAAGCAGCAUGUAAGGAGAGCUGUUUUUCCUCUCCCUGAAAAGAAAAUGGAGAUGGUUCUUAACUGUAGAUGGGCUCUUGAUACUGCUAUUCAACCCUAAUAUCCCCAGAAAGAGGGACUAGGACUAGACUGUCAUUCCAAAUGCUAAGCAGAGGAACCCACUGGUUCACUAGGGCACAACACCAUUCAAUACAAAAAAGCUGCACAAACAGGGAGACCUAUUUGUACCCUUCUUUUGUCCCUAAUCAAAUUGGCUUUUUGUUACUCAGAACACACACCCACUCUUUGCAGCCACAUACUCCAGGUGGAUUCAGCAGGCUUACAAUUUGUGAGGGUCUCUCCAAGUAAGAAAAGGGCUCCAAACUGGCAAAGGAGCCAUGACUUGUCCAAAUUCCAGAGAAGAAGAUUGGGCAGUGAGUUACCUCUCCUACUGCUGAAUUGGUUUAGUAAUUGUUUAGCUGCCUCUCUUUCUUGUGCUGCUGAAGGAGGUUGCUGGAUUAUGAUAGAACAUAUCUUUUUUAUACUGCACAGGAAUAACAGAUUCCUUUAUUAUGUGGGCAGCGUGAGAUUUCAGAGUCCUUAACUAUUCAUAUCCUUGAUUUUAAGUAGUUGGCACUUAAAUUAGGUGAUAGGUAACUAUGCUGUUGUCAUUUAGCAAUCUUAACUGGCUUUGGAAAGCAUUUUUAUUGGGUUUCAGCCAGAACCCUAAUGUUUAAAUUGUGAACAUAAAUCCUACAUUUACAUGUGAAAUGUGGAGUUUGAACAUAUUUUGUGCAUGAAGUUUAGGAUCCUGUGUUGAAUCAUUUGGCCGUAACAUUUUUGCAUUGUAUUAAUAUGAUUAUUUUAUUUUUGACUGUGUCCAAAAGCUUCCCAGGCCCUUCACAGAACACAGAGAAAGGCAGAGCACCUGGCCAGAAGUGUUUCCUAUCUAAUUUUAUGCAUUCCACCUUUUCUUUGUUAAAUACAGUGAAAUACUUAGAGUACAAUGCAAUACAUGAACAAAUCUGUGUUUUAUAUGCUUUAUACAGAUUUGAGGCCAGACCUGCAUUCAGUUAUACACAAGUGUGUGUAACUGAGAUGUCAAUCUCACCGUCUAUGUUGAGGCAGAUAUUUAGGAUGACUCCUCCUACUUUUGCUCAUUUCCUUGAAAUCUUUGUGUUUCUGAACCCAUUGAGUAAUAAAGGGAGUAUUUAGCGAAGUAUGACUUAGAGGCUGCUGAACUUCCUUGUUAGUCCUGAAUUCCAGGCAGGCGCACCUGUCUGUCAGCAAAGACCUGGGUGAGGCUUUAGGCAGCUGCCAAGAUAGCCAGACCCUGAAGGACUUUAGAGAGGAAUCUGUUUUAUUUGGGUAUACGGAGAGAAAAUGGCAUAUCGAGACUUAGUAAGAGGCUGGCAUGAAGGAAUUCUGGCUAUGGAUAAGGGGGACUGGGACUCUGCCUUGAAAAUCUUCUCCACUAUCGAAGAGCCAUCCUCCAGGAUCUAUUUCAACAUAGGCUGUGUGCAUCUCUUAACAGGGAACCCUGAGGGAGCCUUGCAGGCCUUUGAUAAAACAGUUACCAAGGACAACCGUCUAGCUGUUGGCUUCUUUCAAAGAGGGUUUGUCCAUCUGCAGUUAGCAAUGUAUGAAGAAGCUCUGUAUGACUGCAGCAUGGCCCUCACUCACCUAAGAAAUAACCCUUUCAUUGACUACAAACAACUGGGACUAAGGCACAUGCUCUGUGCCUGGGAGGUGCUGUACAAUACUGCAGCAGUGCAGUGCCGGCUUGGGCUGUGGCAGGAAGCUAGAAUAACCCUGGAGGAGGCUGUCAGACAGAGGCCUGAAGGAAGACCCACUAGCCUGGAUGUUGCCCUUGAGCGGGUGCAGAAUCAUCUCCUCCUGGAGCCCGUACAUGUUCCCCUGGGGGAAUUUUUCAGACCACGAAAGGAGGAAGUUGAGCAGCUGGAUUCAAAAGAUUUCCUGGGUAAACCCAAGGUGAUCUCCUCCGUCAUUCCCAAUGAUGAGUACAUCGGAUUUGAGCCUCUCAGGCCACAGAGACAGGGCUUUUAUGAACCCAGUGUCAAUGCUGUGCGAGACCACGACUCAGGUUACUAUCGAGUCGUGACUCAUUAUUACCCAGAGGACUCUGAAGAGAUGGCAGUGAAGGGCAGCACCAUCAUCUUUGUGCUAAAUAAAGGGGCAGAUGGCUGGGCUACAGCCAUAUGGGACGGACAGAAACUGCGUAUACCGAACUCUCACCUGGAGCCUGUUCAUGCCCCCAAGGCUGAUAAAUGGAAAGUCAGUAAUGGGAUCCCUCUUCCCCCUGUUAAAGUACCCCCCAACCGGCCCCACUUGCAGGAAAUGGACCAGCAGCAGCCAGGACCUGCUGAGGGAGAAGACACUGCUGCAAAUGAUGCUGAUCCGCAAGCAGACUCGAAGGUGCAAUGUUCCCCAAUGUCACAAACCAUUAAGGCUAUAAAAUCACUGGUGCCAAAGGUCCCACUGGCUCAGGACAAAGCAUCCUCCAGCGAGAACAGAUCCAUCCUGCUGAAAGUCCACUGUGACUAUACAGUUAAAGUGAACAAGGCCCUGACCUUGUCAGACCUCAGGUCUCUGCUGCGGGAGACAUUCAGCCAGCAGGCAGAGCUUGGGAAGCUGAGCUGCAGGCUUUCAGACAGCAAAGAGUUCAUUGUGAUUUCGGGAGAAGAGGAACUGGGGAAGAUGUGGCAGCAGGUGACAGAUGGGAGGCUGACACUCUGGUGCCAGGGCACAGAUGCCUGUUCAGACAGACCUGUUCUCUACAGGAUGGUAGCACAUCAUGGUUACACAGCGCAAAGGCCUGAGGAUCUGGAAUUCAAUGAAGGAGACACACUGGACAUUCUCUCUGAAGUGAAUGAGGAAUGGCUUGAAGGCCAUUGCAAUGGCAACUUUGGCAUUUUCCCCAAGUGCUUUGCUGCUCAGGCCAGCAUUGAGGCUGCCCUCCCUUAGAGAAGAGAUGCUUCUUCCUGCCAGACUCCACAAGAAGCCAGCUGGGCUCUGGACCCCACCUCACCUUACUCAUGUCUCCCACAGAACAGGAGAAGCUUGCGAUAAUUCAUUCAGGUCUGACCAUCGCCAGCCCUGCUAGGUAUUUAAAGAAGCUGCCCACACAGGACGCUUCCCAGUGUGGGACCCCAUUAUCCAGAAACCCAGCAGGAUUAGUUUCUGUAGCAGAAAUAGCAUUUUCUAUGGCAUGUGUCUGGCCUCAGUAUAAUAAUAAUAAUAGAAGUGAGAUGACAGGUCUGACUGGGGAGUGCGGGAGGUGGGAUCUGGGAGCAAGGCAUGGGGUGGUGUCUCAUGAAGGACACUCUGAGAGGUGCUGACACAGCAAAUGGAGAUUUCCCAUCUCAGACCCAGCCACCAGCUCUUUCUGUAGCAAGAACUUGGGGUUCAAAGGUGCAGAUUAAGUGGCAAGAAGAACCAGCUCCUCCAAAAGAGGAGGCUGUGCUCUGAUAGCGGCAAGGGGCCUGGCUCAGGCCUUAAUCCCCACUUCCCACCAGGUGGAAUAAAAGUGAGGGAAGCUGGACCUUGCCGUCACUGGAUAUGCCCAUUCUGCCGUUAGAAACCCACGGCUGGCCCAUGCCAGUUGACUUGGGCUAAGGGACUGUUUGAGUGCGGUGUAGGCAUUUGGACUUGGGGCAAUUAAAUAGCUCCUUAGCCUGAGCCCCACGGGCCUGAGUCAGCUGGCACAGGCCUGCGGCAGGGGACUAAUGGCAGUGCUGACAGACCCAUUGAGGCCAGACUGUGGGAGGCAACGUGCCACCCAAAGAGCCAGAGCGCAGGGAGGCAGGCCUGAUUCUCUGGGCCCCAUGCAGUGUAGAAACAGCGCUGUUCUGGUUUGAGAGCAUUUCACACCCACUUUGGACUGCUGUAAAUGAGUGCACAUGAAUCAGGCAUAGGGUGUGUGGCCCCUCCAAGACCCAUUGAUCUGCCAGAGGCAAAGGGCCCUGUGCCCAGACAUCUUGGGUUGUGGGGAUUGUCCCUGGUCAGCUGAACGCUGGUGGUGUCCCAGUCGGUUCCGUGAAGUUGGGCCACAGCAGGGAGCCAGACCUUGAGGGACUGAGAACUGGGUUGGAGGGAAGGAAUGCAGGGCCUGGAGAUAAAGAACAGGGUGGGGGAGAUGGCCAGGUGACAGGAGCUGAGGCAUUGUGGGGAGGGCAACCAGAGAAACAGGCCUAGCAAAGCCCAGAGGGAUCAGGAAGUGGAGAGCCAGAAGGAGGAAGUGGUAAGUGGAGCUCAUGGGAGUAGAUAAAAAUAACCUGUGGGGGAGAGGGGUGACCUAGGGUCUCUACUUUGCAAAAAGGGUCCCAGGAACUGCAGGGUGGUUCCUGGGCACCAGCCCCUGGGGCUCGCUCGGCCCAUCAGCCACGCAGUGCAUGAGCCUUUGGAAGUUCACUCAGCCCCACUGGCCUGAGGGAGCUCCCUUGGCCUUCCUUCCUGCCUGGACUCUCGCUCGGCCCAAGCCUCUGGGGAGUUGCUCAGCGCAUCAAUCCUUAAUAGUCCUCCCCUGGCUCAGGGCCCUAUGAGAUCACACACCGUCUCUGCUGUGCUAGGCUUUCCAGCUGGCACAGGUUUCUGGAGGGUUGUGCAGCCCCUGUACACCAGGCGUCUUUGUCAGCACGGGUCUCUGUGCAGUGGCUCCGUCCCCUGACCCUGCAGCUCACGGACAGCGGCCUCUCAGCACUGCAGGGUGCUUACCUGGAACAGGAGGAGCAGGACACUCCUGCCCUCCACCCUGCAGGGCCUCUUCUUGGUCCAGGCCACUGUAUGCUGCCUCAAACCCUUGCCCACCCCAGGGCCAGGCACAGCCUCUCUAAGGUCACUCACAGCCUGUACCUGGCAUACCCUUUCUAGGGUCACUCAGCCCCUUGCACUGCCUGGCCCAUGCCCUGCUGCCAUAGCUAUGGCUAGCCCAGGCACGUGAGCUGCAGCCUGGAAGAGGAAGCUGCCAGCAGGAGGGCUCCUUGUCUGGCUCUUGUUCCUCCCCUUAGACCAAAAGAGCCUGAAUUCAUUAACUUUUAGGGGGUGCUGUAAAAACCACGCCUCACAAGGGCUGAGGGGGUGGCUGGCUGGCUGGUUUGGGUGGGGCGACUCUCUCUGUUGCUGGGAUUCCUUGGAGUUGGUUUAGUUGGGUAGGAGCCUGUGAUGCUGUUGGAGGGAGUGUUUUUGUGAAGAGGUGUCUGUGUGCCUAGAGUGGAAGUUUUGGGGUGGGGUUUUACUUAAAUCAAAUCUAUAAUCCGUGCAGGGCCAGUGGAAGCAGCCUUUGCAGUGUUCAGCUCAAAAUCCCCAAAUCCCCAGCCCCGCCUCCUCCCCCAGACGUGCCGCAUUUCCCCCCGCAUUGCUUCCUGCGGCUCCCCCCCACAACUCCGCACCCUCGCUCACCUCCACUCCACCUGCUCCCCUGAACAUGCCGCUGCUCCGCUUCUCCCCCCUCCCUCCCAGGCGAGGGGGAGGCAGCGCGUUCAGGGGAGCGGAAGUGAGCGGGGGGGGGAGAAGUGCAGGAAGUAACCGGGGGGAGUAGAGGAACCGCUCCCCACCCCAGCUCACCUCCGCUCCACCGCCGCUCCCUCCCCCAAGCACGCUGCCGCUCGGCUUCUCCCCCCUCCCAGGCAACAAACAGCUGUUUAGCGCGGCCAGCCUGGGAGGGACGGGGGAGAAGCGGAGCGGCGGCAGUGUGCUCAGGGGAGCAGGUGGAGGCGGAGCAGAGGUGAGCUGGGGCCGCGGGGGCACAUUUCUAGGGCCAGCAUGGCCAGCGCCGGAAUGCCAUCCCUAGAAAUGGGCCGCCCCGAGCACCAGCUUGUUUUGCUGGUGCCUAGAGCUGGCCCUGGAGAAGGCUGCCGUCGUCUUGCCAGAGUGCGGCCACACACCUGCGGGCGUCAUUCCAGGCACAAAAGGAGUAACAGGCUACGUGGCUUAAAGGUACAGGGCCCCAUCCUGAUCUGCACAUGCCUUCCUCGUGCUCGGGAUCUGUGCCUACAUGCCUCCUUCUUCUGCAUUAGCAUCAUCCAGCCUGACCUCCUGUUUAACACAGGCUGUCUCCUGGACUCCAGCGUUGUACCCAUGGCUUCUAAGUGAGCUAGAGCAUGUCUAGAAAGACAGCCAAUCUCAACUGAAAGAUGUCACGCGAUGGGAAACUCCCCCAUAUCUUUAGGCAGUGAUUAAUUAUUCUCCCUAUUUUAAAAAAAUGCCUUAUUUCUAGUCCCAAUUGGUCUAGUUCAGUUUCCAGGCACUGGCUCUCAGUCAUCCUUUGUCUGCUCGGUUAAAGAGACUUCUGUGAACAGAGCUCUUCCCUUGGGAGAUACUUCUAAACACUGAUCAGCUCCCCCCUCAGCCUUCUUUGGAGGGAGGCAUUCACUGAGAGGAACCAGGCAGACAUCCUGAAGAGAUGGCGAGUGCCUUGAAGGCCUCCCCACACUCGCCAUCACUUGUGCCACUUCCCCUUUCCUGGGCUGGUGGGAGGGGCUCUCCGUCCAUGACUCGAGCUGCUAAGUGGGAUUCCAGAGGCACUGGAUGAGAAUGGCCAGCAGUGCCGCUGCAGCAGUCAGGACGAUGAGGAAGAUGGUGGCAGCCCAGAGCCCGCGCUGCUGCCCUUUCACUUGCUCGGGGGCCUCCGCUGGGAUCAUGUUGGUGAGGUUCAGCACGUAGCCCAAGGUCCAGCCAAAGUCCGUGUUCGCAGCCUGCCCGGGGAAAGAGCAAGCGAGCACUUUACUGUGCUGGCAACAUACUUGGAGCCCAGAGCCCCUGCUGCUUCCAGAGCUUGUGGGGGAGAAAUUCUUGUGCCUGUCUCUGCAGGUUCUGGUCCCUGAGACUAAUACAGUCCGGCCUGGUUAGCUGGAGCUUGGCUUCUCUGAAGCCACGUGCAUCAAAGAUGUAUCCCUAUGCAGGAGUGUCAUUACCAUGGCUGUGCCCAAGGUCACUGUGCUAUGCAAACGCAGCCAGCAGGAGCCAGUACACCAGGAGUCUGGCAUCCUCUUCUGACCCCCCAGCCCCUACGGGGGCAGUAGAAGUGGUGCUCCCCUCAGAGGACUGAUUCAGCCCUACACAGAUAUUCAUUGCUAGUGUCCCCAGUGCAGCUCUCCCAGCGUCCCUCCUGCUGCCCCAUUCUUGGAUUCUGUACCCUGAACUGGCCAUUGAAGGCCAGCCCUCAUUAGCAUUGGGGGCCCAGGGCCUUUGGGGUCACAAGCAGGGACUCUCCUUUGGGACUGGAACCAUUGCAAUGAUUCAGAAGCAGACCUUGCCCCUGCAGUGACCCCUCUGAUGGAUGAUUUAGUUUUAUUUUCCCCUUACAAAUCUGCCAUCAUUCUGCACACUUCCAUCCCCCCCACAAUGUUCCUGUGACCUCUGACGACCUCAGCCAGCUGUGGCAGAAGCCUGCUGUUACACCUAUCUGACUCCAGUGAAAUCAAUGAGGUUCAUUUGGAUUUAUGCCAGUGUAAAGGAAAACAGAAUUUGGCCCUGUGGUCUCUAGGGAACGUGUGGUGAAGCCAUGUGGCCACUAGUGCAGAACUUUCCAUGACAGCACACCAUAGCCUGCUGCUACCACCAAAGAUCUGCUCUUCCUCUCGCAGCCAGGAGGAAGGAUGUAGCCGGAAUCAAGCCACUUCAGGGCCCAAUCCUGCUAAGUGCGGCCGCUUUUGGUGUGAUGCUGAGUGCCCUUGAUUCCCAGGCGAACCAGUUGGAGUUGAGGGCACUCUGAACUCAGCAGGUCAGAUUCUUAGUUACCAGGUGCAGGUGAAUAGCCAUUUGCAUUAGUGGGCAUAAUUCUCACACUGUGUAGUGAUAACUGGGGCCAAGGUUGGAGACAGUGACCCUGGGAGGAAUGGCAGUUGCUGCCAGGUAGCUGCAGAAGCCGGACCGACAAUGGCUCUUUACCUGUUGGCGGAAAUGGAUGUUGCUCCACAUUUGCUCGUCAAAUUUGUAACCCUCGUGUAGCAGUGUCAGGAUGUAAAAGGCCGAGGGGCAGUAAUUGUGUAGGCGGCUGUGACUCUCCUCCUGUGGGAAGCUGGCCUGGAGCUGAGAGAGCAAUUGGGACAGACAACGCAGAUAGCAGUUAGCAAGGGCCCUGCAAAAAGCCCACCUUCCCCAGUGGUGGAACAAAAGGGAACAAGCAGGAUAUAGUUCUGUGAAACAGCCGAAGUGUCUGUCUCCAUUGCCUAGCCAGCAGCCCAUAUGGCCCCCAGUUACUGGUGCAGAAACCACAGCUGGGGCAGGAAGCCCAGACCCAAGAGCCUUUUUAGUAGUGUGCUGGGACUUGGCCAGUACUUUGACACUGAAGCUGAGAUCCAAAGGGCCUGGCACUUUUUGCAGUUCAGAUCUGAGAGCCCUGCAUGGCUCCUUCCCAUCCCACUUCCUAACCGCUCACUCCCUGUACACUGCUAGGACAAACCUUUCUGCCAGGAUGUGCGGAGUGUGACUCCCACUUGCUAAUGGGCCUUCAGAGCUCCUCUGCUUUGACGGUUUGUCAUGCAACUCGGCGGCUUCACAGGAUAAUAGACAAACAUGGGCUGAGAUCUCGGCUGCUACCAACAAGAAUCUCACCUCCUUCCAGCCUUUAGUGCAGAAGCCCCAGAUGGUGGCAUUGAUGACACUCAGGGGCUGCCCGUUAGUCAGGUUCAGAAAGUAGAAGGUGUAGUAAAAUCCAGAAAAGGCCUGUGCAAGAAGAGGAGACAUUAAACCUGUGUCCUUCCAGAAGACGCUGCAGAGGAGCAUAACAACAAUAAUUAACUUUCCCUUCUGGAGAACUCUUCAUCCAAGAGGAACCCCAAAGUGCUUCACAGCAGUAAUGAAUUUCUCCUCACUCCCCGUCAAAGGCAGGCCAGCAUUAUUAGCACCAUUUCACAAAUGAGGAAAUUGAAGCACAGAGAGGUGAAGUGACUUGGCCUAGGUGACAAUGAUAGUCAACAGUGGAACCAAGAGUAGAUCUCAGGACUGGGCACCAGAGACCUGAACCAAUGCCUGCAGUAGUCAGUGGAAAGUCUCCCAGCAAUGUCACUGUGGUCUCGAUUGCAUACUGAUGCCAAUCUAUAGUACCACAUUUUAAGAUUCAUACAAAUUCUAUGUUUGUAGGUGCAAAGCAAAGUUAAUGCUUUUGCAGUCUGGGCAUGGUUAAGGUGAAGGGCUACAUCACAGCUGAAUUAUUUUUGCAUUUGUGAAUGUAGUCUGAGAUCGACAGCACAAGAGACUGAAAUUCUUUUGUAGCCAUAGAUUGGGUACAGCAUGGGCAAUCAACAUGCAAACUUUUCUCCUGCUACCCAUGCCAGUGUGCCCAAGCUGCAUCUUGAGCUAAACUAUACCAUCAAAUUGCCUGUUUUCUGUGUUUUUUUUUAAUACAUUUAAAUUCUCACAAUUUGAUUUACAGCCAGAGCUGGCCUAAAAACACGGGCUGAUGUGUGGAUUUCAGGGAAGAUUGCAAGAUUUUGUUUCAGUUAAGUUAAUGGAUUUUGUUUCAAUUAAGUUAAUAGAUUUUAAUAUCUAUUCCCUAACCAGGACUAAGCACAAAGUGGUAAUAAUCCUCUUUGCUUAGCAUGGAAUUUCCUUUGCUUUUGCUUCUGCUGUUGUUUACUUGGAAAAAGAAAACUAAGAGAAUUGUGUCUGAUCACUCACGGAAACGAAAGAUGCUCCCAUACCAUACUCAAGAGUGCUAUUGAGAUGCAUUGACAAGAAUGAACCCAAUAACAAUUAAAUGUGUAUUCAAAUCCA